UGCUUGUGGGCUGCUAUGUCUCAGGAGGAACAGUCCAUUUUAAACCAGGAGGACAGCAGAUUUUUACCCCUCAAUGCCUCCAGAGAAUUCUGGGAACCCGGGGCGGAGCAGCACCAGUACAGCAUCUGGCUCCCCGGUAUCGGGAUUGCAGCCGUUUAUGGGUUCAUUAUCAUUGUGGGUCUUGUCGGAAAUGUAACUUUAAUGAAGACGUGUCUAUUUGUAAAGUCCAUGCGCACGGUCCCUAACUUAUUCCUGUCCAGCCUGGCUCUGGGGGACGUGCUGCUGUUGGUGACCUGCGCCCCGGUGGACGCCAGCCGCUACCUGGUGGACGAGUGGCUGUUCGGCCGCGUUGGGUGCAAACUAAUCCCGUUUAUCCAGCUCACCUCGGUGGGAGUCUCCGUGUUCACGCUCACUGCGCUGUCCGCUGACCGGUACAAAGCUAUCGUAAAGCCACUGGACAUCAACAGGUCAAGCGCCACACUAAGCAUCAGUUUACGUGCAGGGACGAUCUGGCUGCUCUCUGGGACUCUGGCAGUUCCUGAAGCUGUCUUCUCCGACCUUCACACCUUUACCACCAGCUACACCAAUGAGACAUUUGUGACCUGUGCACCUUACCCCCACGCUGGAGAGCUGCAUCCAAAGAUCCACUCCACCGCCUCCUUCCUUAUCUUCUACGUCAUCCCGCUCCUCGUUAUAUCUGUUUACUACUGCUUCAUCGCUCGCAGCCUGGUCCGGAGUUCUGUGGACAUCCCUGCUGAGGGGCACCUGCACCUCCAGAAACAGAUCAAGUCCAGGAAGCGUCUGGCCAAGACUGUGCUGGUGUUUGUCGGCUUGUUUGCCAUCUGCUGGCUCCCGAGUCAUGUGAUCUACUUGUACCGCUCCUACCACUACGACCAAGUGGACACGUCGCUGGGUCACUUCAUUGCCAGUGUGUGUGCUCGCAUUUUGGCCUUCACCAACUCCUGUGUGAACCCUUUUGCUCUGUACCUGAUGAGCAAAAGCUUCAGCAAACACUUUAAAAAGCAGCUGUUGUGCUGCAGCUCUCCCAGACGCCUGUCCAGCCAGAACAGCGCACACACAAAUGUAACAACCGUCUGAGGGUAUUAGUUCAGCUUCUGUGCUUAAGCAGGACUCACUUACUUUUGUUUUCUGUGAACAUGUUGGAAAAUUGUUCUGAAGUCCAUGUUGCCUGUAAUCCAUUAAAAAAAAAGAAUAUUUCCUUUUUAUAAACACUGAAACAAGAUAUUUUAUCUCUGGUUGAUACAAACCUCACCUGUUAACCCAAAACCAUUUAGAUGCAAAGACUGUGUGUCCUUUAUGGUUUCAGUGAAAAUUUAAUGUUUUUCAGUUGCCAUUUGUUGUGUGAACAACCCAUACAUCAGUCAAACUUUUGCUUUAUUGUAAGUUUUAAUCUGUAUAAGUGAUUAUUUGAAAAAAAAAAAAAAAAAGAAACAGAGCUGAGGUCUUGCCUGACAUUUCAUAAGUUCAGUGGCUGUAAAUUACAGAGUACCCUCUUUGUGCUGUGCACCUGAGAUACUAUUAAACAACAUUUAUAUGUCAAAUAUUUUUAAAUGACAAUGCUGAUAGAAGUUAAAUAUCCCAGUGUCAAUGUAGUGAUGUCUAAUGUGAAGAUGUUAAUGAGGCAUUUGAUGGCUUUGCCUCUGCAUGUUGUGAUUUAAGCAGCUAUGUGUUGAUUCAUAAUAAAGGGUUUUAAAGAGUA